AUGAACUUUACCGCCGCCAAGUCGGAGCUCUUCCCCGGCGAGGAGUACACAUACCUACUGACGCCGUUGCUGCCCUUUAAGCCCGACUUUUUCGAGACGUUUGCGACGCUGUGCGACGUGCUCAUCGACUGCUACACGCGAUUCCUCUCCCUCGUCCCGACGCCCCGCGAGUGCACGACGCCCGUAGCCGAGCUGUUCGCCAAGGCCGACGGCAAGCUGCGCAAGAUCAUCGUUAACGGCGUCGUUAAGAAGUUUAAGGAGCACAGCCGGAGCUACGUCAAGACGGAGGUGGCGAGCAUCGGCAAGGUCGUCCUGGGCGGCCUAAUAUAA